CCAGUGGGACCUAGUAUGUGAGUACCAGUCAUCCAAAUCUAUAGUUCAAGUAGUAUUUAUGAUUGGGUCACUGCUGGGAGGUCUGAUAUUUGGCCAUCUUUCAGACAGGUUUGGGCGGAAAACCAUCUUCAGGUGGUGUUUAUUCCAAAUGGCCAUCGGUGACACCUGUGCAGCCUUUGCUCCCACCUUCCUUGUUUACUGUUCCCUGCGAUUCUUAGCUGGGUUAUCUGUCGUGCCUAUUUUAGCAAACUCUUCUUAUCUCAUUAUAGAGUGGACAAGACCUCAAUCCCAAGCUUUGUUAGCAAUGUUGACUUCCUACAGUACUGGGCAGAUGCUCCUGGGAGGACUGGCUUUUUUCUUUCGCAGCUGGAUCACACUGCAGCUGAUAUUAUCCAUACCUCUGUUGGUCUGCUGCGUGUUAUCAAGGAUGCUGGUAGAGUCUGCUCGGUGGCUGGUUUUUAGCAAUCAGCUAGAAAAGGGCUUAGAGGAACUUAGAAGAGUUGCACAUAUAAAUGGAAAGAAGAAUGCUGGGGAGACCCUGAGCAUUGAGUUUGUGAAAUCCAACCUGCCGGAGGAGUUUGAGGACGCCAAGGCAAAAAUAUCCAUUUUUCAGUUGUUCCAUGCACCCAGGCUGUGUAUGAGAAGCUGCUGCCUGAGUUUUAUCAGAAUGGCACAUUCCAUACCCUUCUACGGCCUGAUAUUCAACCUGCAGCACCUGGGGAGCAACAUCUUUCUGUUCCAGAUUCUCUUUGGCCUUGUCACAUUCCUCAGCAGAUUCGUUCCCUUCUUGGUAUUGAAUUAUCUGGGCCGAAAACAAAGUCAGAUACUAUUCAUGUUCCUGACAGGACUUUCGAUUCUGGUCAGCACCUUUUUGUCCCCAGAAACUCAGCAGACCCUGCGCAUGGUUUUAGCAACCCUGGGAAUUGGUGCUGAUACCUCUGGCUUCACAGCCUAUUCAAUUCACUCGAUGGAGCUCAUCCCAACUGUAGUGAGGUCAACCAUUGGAGGAAUCACUGAACUUUUCGGCAGAGUAGGGGCAGUGAUGGCGCCUCUCUUCAUGACCUUAGCAGUGUAUUCUCCCCACCUGCCCUGGAUUCUCUAUGGAGCCUUCCCCAUCCUUUCUGUCCUUGCAGUCCUCUGCCUUCCUGAAACAAGAAAUCGACCUCUCCCUAACACUAUCCAGGAUGUGGAAAACGACAAAACCGGUUCAAGAAAAGUAAAGAAGGAAGAUAUUUCCAUGAAAAUCACACAAUUUUAAGGAAUUCGAGAGAGUUGAUCCAAACAAGCCCAAAAUAGGGCUCACUCCAGUAGGGAUGAAAUCAUCCAGAAGACAACCAACCAAUGCUGAUGAGGAUGGGGAGGGAGAGGAACUCUCCUGUACUAUUAGUGGGACUGUAGACUAGUGCACUCACUAUGGAAAUCAGUGCAGACAUUGAGAUCAGCCCAAGCAAAAGUUUGGAAAGACCUCAUCAUAACUACCAAAAGAUAGGCAUAGUUGUGCAUGCUGUCAUAUGCUGUCAUCCAAGAAGGGGAAGCAUUAAAACAACUGGGGUUUAAGCUGGCUGGGGUAUAAAUGUGAGACCUUAUUUAGAAAAUAAAGAAAGAAAAAUA